AUGGCUUCUCCAAGAAUAUGCGAAUCAGACGUGGAUGUGUUAACCAACCUCGCAGUGACGAAAGCGACCGUUGCCAUGAUGAUGCAGACAGCACAUCGACAAAAAUCUCUGAACUUUCUCAAAAUGUGGACAGACAAAUGCAAGCUAGGCCGAUUAAGAAAAAUAUCUGGCAAGCACUUUGGAAAUGGAAAUUUUCCGACAAAUUCUGACCCGAUUUGGAGUUUAUGUAAUCCCGAUAUUGUUUUUGCGAUUCAACUAUUCGAGAUUGCGGGAUUUAAUAUUGAGGAAUCAUCCAUGGAAGCAAUAUAUUCUGGUGUUUUGGGGGCUGGGUUGACUGAUUCUGCUAUCGUACGUUGUAAGUUUAGCCAUUCUGCCGACACUCUCAACGCUGUGUUUGAACUACAUGCAACUUGGUUGAAUGCAGAUGAGCAACAUGUGUUUGAAAUGGUGUUCGAAGAAGGCAUUAUAGUAUGGGACUUGAUGAAACCAAAAAGUGAUGAUGGAUGUAUUGCCUUAUACGAGAAAGCAAGUGACCGAAUCAUUGCAGCCUUUACAUUCUCAAGAAACCUGCAGGUACCAAGUUGUGACACAGGCGACGGGGUGUCCAACAUACCCGACUUUGGUCGUGUGUUUCGACUAGCCCAACGUUUGUUAUCAUUUCUGAAGCUAGUUGAUGAGAGGAAACAAUCCAAGGAUAUGGCUGUUCAUGAAGAUAGGGACGAAGUUCACGAUCACGUGGCAAAGCUGACGGGAAAGCCGGCAACUGUUCAUCAAACUGCAGUUGUAGACCAUGAUGUUACUCUCGGAUAUGGAACAAGAAUAUGGCAUUUCAGUCAUUUAUCUGAGAAUACGACGAUAGGGAAUAAUUGUAACAUUGGUGCUAAUGUCUUUACUGGUGUGGGUGUCAUUGUCGGAAACAACGUAAAGAUACAGAAUAACGUCAGUGUGUAUGAUGGUGUCACUAUCGAGGAUUAUGUUUUCCUUGGUCCCAGCAUGGUCUUUACCAAUGAUUUUCUACCCCGAAGUGACCCAGCAAUUGUGCGCCCAUACACCCCAACAAGAGUGUGUAAAGGAGCGUCCGUAGGGGCUAAUGCGACCAUUGUGUGUGGUGUUCGACUCGGAGAAUACUGUAUGGUCGGGGCAGGCGCUGUAGUGACCAGAGAUGUUCCCGAUUAUGCUUUGGUGUAUGGUAAUCCAGCUAAACUGCGUGGCUGGGUCAAUAAAAGAGGGGAAAUCACCAAUCGUUUCCCGACUGACGAAUCCAAUGCACACACGCUCAAUGUCAGUAGCCUUGACUGCAGCCCUGUUCCAUUUGAUAAAUUAGAAAAAUCACCAACUGAAAGUUGCCGAUCAAAGUCUGUCUCGUCCGUUAACAGUAAUAUCAGCGAGGAAGAUAUGUCUUGGCCCGAAGAGGACUGCACAACAACAAAAGAGAAAAACAGUCCACAACAAUUUCCGCCAAUGUUCACUCUCGCUUCAGAAAGGAAGGAAAUUGGAGAGGAGAUCGCCAACACGACUCGGCGUAUAUUACAAGAGGGAAAGUUUAUACAAGGUCCUGAAGUUGGCGAGCUGGAAUCAGUUUUGGCAGAUUACGUUGGUGUGGAACAUUGUAUUACAGUUGGGAAUGGUACGGAUGCUUUGCAAGUGGCUUUAAUGGCACUGGGCGUGACCAAUGGAGAUGAAGUCAUUGUUCCGAGCUUGACGUUCAUAUCUACAGCUGAAGUCGUGUGUCUGUUGGGAGCUAUACCUGUAUUUGUUGAUAUCACUGCCGAAACCUUCACCGUCAAUGUUGACCUCAUAAAAGAUGCGUUGACAUCCAGAACGAAAGUUAUAAUCGGCGUGAGCUUGUUUGGUUUGAUUGCGGACUUUGAUAAUAUCAGCGCGCUGUUACAGUCCACUGGACGCCAAGAUGUUACGCUGAUUGAGGACGCUGCUCAGAGUUUUGGUGCAACGAAAAACGGCAGACGCAGCGGUAGUCUUACCAAAAUUGCAUGCACCAGUUUCUUCCCUACCAAACCACUAGGUUGCUAUGGUGACGGUGGUGCUAUUUUCACCAGUGACAUCACCCUUGCGAGAACGAUGAGAAUGAUAGCCAAUCAUGGUCAAGCAAGCUUAGAUGAACACAAGAUUCUCGGCGUGAAUUCAAGGCUCGAUACAAUGCAAGCGGGUAUCAUCCUGACCAAAAUGAAAACCUUUGAGAAGUCUCUGCAAUCUAGAAGAGACGUUGCAGCAAUCUACAAGAAAUACCUCAGCGACGAGGCGUCAGUGUUGACGUUACCUUCCCCAACAGCCGAGAAUGCCCAUGUUUUUGCCAUGUACACUAUGAUUGUUGGUGAGAUCAGCCGGGAUGCUUUGCGGGAUCAGCUAGAGUUGGUAGGGUUGAAGACGCGCAUAUAUUGGCCCAAACCUCUACAUCAACAAGAUGUAUUCGACAACAUAGCGUGUGUUAAGAUGCCGUGUCCGGUAGCUGAGAAACUAUCAAGAACGAUCUUCAGUAUUUCUAUAUUUCCAUUCAUGACGGAAAGAGAGGCAAUUGACGUUGCUUUAAUAAUUAAACAAUCCAUUUCAGUUGUUCUGAAUGGCAAGUUACAAGACGAUGAUGAACAUAAAGCUUGA